UGAUGUCCUGCAAGGGCAUGGAAGUACACUUUUCCUCUUGCUGCUAAGCAAGUCUGCAUCGGAUAUCUGGGAUUUCAUGGGAUGCACUAUAUACGCAGCCAGUUCUGAGGCUCCUUCAGCGGAGGGGCCUGAGGCACAGAGACGCCCCCAUGGUCACAGCACCAGGACCUGUCGUACCCGGGACCGGCCUAAGACCAUGAGUGAUCAUCAGGAUCCGGCUGAAGAUAUCGGGGUCCUCACACCUCACGAUCAGCCGGAGGACAUGCAUUUCAGGGUGCAUCUAAUAGAUGAUCUGUCAUAUGAGGACCUCAAGAAAUGCUACCGUGGAUCUACCGUCAGCAAGUAUAAUGCGCAGUUCCACAAGCUUUUCCAGAGCGUUCCCAAAGACGAGCUUCUCAUGAAGGUGUACUCCUGUGCCCUGCUGCGAGACAUCCUCCUGCAAGGCCGACUCUACAUCUCUCGAAACUGGCUGUGCUUCUACGCCAACCUCUUCGGUAAAGACAUCAAGGUGGCCAUUCCUGUUGCGUCUGUGCGGAUGGUGAAGAAACAUAAGACAGCGGGUUUGGUUCCCAAUGGCUUGGCUAUCACCACAGACAGCAGUCAGAAGUACGUGUUUGUGUCUCUACUGUCCAGAGACAGCGUCUAUGACGUGUUGAGACGCAUCUGCACACAUCUACAGGUCAAUGGGAAGAAGAUCCUCAGCCUCAAGCAGUACAUGGAGGAGCCUAACUCUUUAUCUCUGGAUGAGUUCCCUGUCCCUGAAGUUUUCCCUGUCCCAGACGAGUUUCCUCCGGUGUUGAAGUGGAGGAGGAAGCCGUCAGUGGUGUCUGUGUCGUCUUCUCUACCUGAUUUACUGGGAAACUCCACCAGCAGCCUGAGUGCCGUAGACGCCCCUUUCCAGACAGACGAGCCUCUGGAGGAUCAAGGUCUGGAAACCAAGAAGUUCCUCCUGACAGAGACGAUACCAGAGCUGGGUCAGAUGGAGUACCAGCUACUGAAGUUCUUCAUCCUGCUCAUUAUCCUGCUCAUCCUGUCGUCGUGUUACCUGGCCUUUCGUGUGUGUAGCCUGGAGCAGCAGCUCUCUUUCCUCAGCAACAGCCCUGCACUGACUCUCAGAGAGAGGUAACUGACGCUCACCACUGCAACUGUCCACAGGAAAGUCUUCCAGCGCUGGCGCUCUCUCUCUGUGGCCGCCUUGCAACUAUGCAAACAAACUCUCACGUAUUUAUGCAAAGUCUUUCUCGGAUUGUGUUGACAAUGAGCCUGAAGACUGCGAAUGUUCUCAAAUAGUCAUUGUGUGUUACUGGACCCAUGAAGAAAGGACCUGACCAGCCUACACUGGAUUUAGACUGAAAGCCCUGUGUGCAUUAUUAACACAAUGAAAGGCUCUGCUUCCCCUGUUUGUGGUCACUCGUCAUCUAAUGUAUCAGUCGCUCUACAUCAAACCAGUCAAAUGACUUUCAAUAGGUUAUAAAUCUCUUGAAUAUAUGUAUAGCUCAGGAUCGAAUGAAGUAUAUUUGGAUAAGAUUAUUUUAUUUAUUGAUAUGCAAGCCACUUGCCAUGCUCUUCCAAUAGGAUUUAGUUGACCUGAAAAUCUCUAUCAUGUGUACAGUUUGAUCAGGUUGUGUGUGUGAUCAGUUUUACUGUGUUCACACCUGGGCGGAAUGUUUAUGGCAUAAUGAAUGUUUACUCAAGUCAAUCUUGAAGCUGUAGAAUUCAUGGACAAUAAAAUACUGCAUUUUCAUGUACUGUCAGUGUCUUAA